CUUUAAUAUAAUCAGAGGGGAUGAGGGCAGCAGGCACAAACUUUAUUCCCAGCUCUACUCUGAAGAGGUUUGGAGAAACGGCAGGUUAAUCUGUGCAGGUUUUGUAUUUGUGAGUCUGGUUGUGCAUAUCCAGUCAUGAAGUGGGCCUGCCUCUUCUUCCUCCUUGGAUACCUGCUCGGGGCUGAAGGAGUCCUAUCUGCUGUGGCCACCAGACAAUUUCGAGAUGUGAUCACUCGAGGAAGAGCAUCUUCUCAUAACAAGUUCCAUAGGAGGCUAAAUGGCUGGUCUUCUGAUCACAAUAAUUGGAAUGACAACCUUUAUCCCUACUGGAAAGAAGGAGACCCCAGAUGGAAAGACUGCUGGAAAGGGGGAAAGGUUGUGGCCAGUUUGACCAGUGACAGUCCAGCUCUAGUAGGAUCCAAUGUGACCUUUAGUGUGACCUUGAAGUUUCCCAGAUGUCAAAGAGAAGAUCAUGACAGCAAUAUAAUAUAUGAUAGAAACUGCAUAAAUGGUUCUUCAGAUUAUGCAGAUCUUCCUGACCUGUAUGUUUACAACUGGACUAAAUGGAUCGAUGAUUGUGGCUGGCAAAAUUGCACACAUAACAAUAGCCACAAUGUGUUCCCAGAUGGCAGAUCUUUCCCCCACCAUGAUGAUUGGAGGAGAAGAAACUUUGUCUAUGUAUUUCACACACUUGGCCAGUAUUAUCAAAAGAUAGGAGAUUCUUCAGCUAGCGUGUCCAUCAACACAACAUAUAUAACUCCUGGCAAACAAAUUAUGGAAGUGUCAGUUUACAGGAGAAGUUAUCAAUCGUAUUUUCCAGUAACUACAGCAAAUGUUGUUUAUAUAAUAACAGAUACAAUCCCUUUCUAUGUGAACCUGUCCCAGAAGAAUGACCGCAAUGCUUUGGACCAUAUUUUCAUCAAGGAUAUCCCUAUUACAUUUGAUGUCCACAUUCAUGAUCCCAGCCACUAUCUGAACCGCUCUGUUAUUUCCUACAGCUGGAAUUUUGGAGACGGCAGCGGCUUAUUUGAUUCCAACAGUUCUGUUGCAAUGCACACGUAUACGCUCCUGGGAAAUUUCACCUUUAACUUGUCCAUCCAGGCUCUUAUACCUGUCCCUUGUGGGCCACCUACACCUCUUCCACCACUACCUACUCCCCUCCCAGUAACUACCCAGCUACCUUCUAAUAUAACUCCCAGCUUCGAUAGUUUAAUAGAGCAGUCGACAGGACAGCCUCCUGCUGAAGGAUGCUAUAUUACUCGAUCUGGACUUUAUAAAGCGUCACUGUUCAUUGCAGAGGGGAUCCUUGGGAUAAACAUUAUCCAAAUGACAAGUGUCCAGGUGGCAGCUGCUCAGGCUGAAAACUCCAUGGUUGAUUUUGUGGUAACCUGUCAAGGGAGUCUUCCUACAGAUGCCUGCACAAUAAUUGCUGACCCCGCAUGCCAGGUCUUACAGAGCGAGGCAUGUGACCCUGUUGACAUCACUGAUGAGUGCCUGCUGACCAUAAGAAGAGCCUUCAAUGAAUCUGGUACCUAUUGUGUAAAUAUUACACUGGGUGAUGCAACAAGCCUGGCUCUCACAAGUACUCUGGUAUCCAUCAUUGGAGUUGCAGGGCCAUUUUCAAGGACUGCAGAAGGAGUUCUGAUCACCUGUGGUUUCUUGGUGGUGUUUGCUGUUGUCGUGAUUUUCUUCCUUUACAAGAGAUAUAAAGAAUACAAACCUAUUGAAAGGAAAACUGGAGAAGAGGCAGGUAGCGAAGGACUGAAUGUCUACUUCAACAAUGUCAAGGCUGUCCUCUUCCCAGCAAACAAUGAGAAACAUCCUCUGCUGAAAAACAACCCAGGAAUUGUUUAAUUCUUCACUAUAAUGUCUUAUAUAUGUCUACGUUUGGGGCUUUACAUUGAACUGUUAUUCAGUGGAAAAAUACCUAAGUGUAUAUGAAAUUAAUUAAAAUGAAGGUGUAUAUGUAAGCUUACAAUAUAAUAUAAUAGCUGUUCUAUUCACUUGAAAGUAUAAAAUGGCACCUCAUGGAGAAACUGAUAAUACAUUUUACUUAUGUUCUUGGAUAUGCUAUAGCAUAUUAGCCAAAACAUCAUUUAAGCUUGAUGUUAUAUACAGUUUCCUAUACUAGUUACUCCUGAUUAUUCCUAAGUGUCAUUUUGGCUGAAAGUUUUUGUCCAAAGAAUUUAAGUUUAGUCUGAAAUCCUAGCAAGCCAAGUCCUGCUGAAUUUGAGGGAACUUACUUCUGAACAUGCUGAACAUGUUAAUUGGAAGUUCCCUAGUUCCACUUAGUUUCAAUGUCACUGGUUUGAAAAUUACAAUAGGUACUUGUAAAAGUGAUCCACAUCUAACCUCUCUGGAUAUCACUUCCCUUGGUGGCUUCAAAUGGAUAGUAGGCAUACCCAGUAUACUCUUGUUACAAACAAAACGCCUUAGCCCCUUUUAGGGGUCCUAAUGGCUUGAGCUCGCUCCCAGUACUCACCCAAUAGAGUCUCAGAAACGACAAAACAAUGAUGGAGAAGGAGUAUCUUUAUUGCUAACACGUGCACGUGGAGAAGAGGCCAGGCCAGUUCUGGCAAAACUAUGCAUUGCUGGCCUUUUUAUCAGUUUUGUUAUGUUAAUUACAUUAGCAUCAUUAUCAUCAUAACUACAUCACUUUCAUUGUCCAUACAUCACUUUAACCAUGCCCACUGGUACCUUCCCCUCUCUUCCUAGUUCCAUAUUUGGAGUUGUUAUUCACAACUUGUUUUGCUCAUUUCAACCUUGGAUGUUUCCCUUAUAUCUGAUACCUUUUUCUACAAACACAGCUGCAUAUUGCAACAAGACCUGAUUUUCCCAGCUAUAGCUAUUUUGCAAACGCAGCUUUAUACAAACAAUACCAGUCAGCAAAUUAGCAUUUCUCUUUACACACACACAAGUAAAUUAACUUGUCAGCAGAUUAUCACACAAGCAAAUUAACUGUCAGAGGGAUGCUACAAUUCCCAAACCAAGCAAUAUCUUUAUUUAAGUAGACUUCAGUGUCACACUCUCAGCUAGUUGAACAACUUGCAGUUACAGUUCUGUUUCUUCUGCCUCCUGUACUGUAUCCUUAAACUUGAUAUACAUGAGAGCAGAAUCUUCUGUUGGUAUCAAAAGGAGCAGUAGGUAAUGUGCACUGAAAUAUCCAUUGCUCUCCUCUCUAGGGAUGUGUUUGUGUGGGACUGUUUUGGGGGAUUAGAUGGGCUCAAACAGCACAUCAGGACUUAUAGUCUACAUGCUCAUGAGUUUUCAGGCCACACAAGUCCCCACCUCUCUGCUCAGCAGAAUACAUGGUGUGGUGUUGGGAUGGAGUUUUCCUACAUCACUUUGUUUUGUUUCCUGGAUAACUUUCCUGAACUUUUGUGGUUUCAUGGCAAAGCACUCAGUUGGAAGUGUGAGAAGCUGUUUUACAAAUGCAUCCUAACACAAAGAUACAUUUGUAUGAUUUCAGUCUAAAACCAGAGGCCAUAGCAAUACCUCUCUGAUUCCGCUUCCUCUCUGCAGUAACUAACUAUGUUAUGCUGCCUUUCAAGUUGAAAACCUCACUUUGACACAGGGGACAAAUUGAUAAAAACUUCAGUACAACAUAAUUUGAGUUUGGCAAUGGUGCAAACUUUAGAUAUAAACUAUAUACCUGCUUGAAAGCUGUGGCAAGGAAGGUAGUACCAUAUGCACAAUAAUUUAUAGUAUAUUGAUACCAUUUAUAAUGCUGGAAGUUCUGAAGCAAGCCACAUAACUUCCUGCAUCUACCGUUUAUUCCACUAUAGAAAAUUAUGUCAAUCCAGUUUUGUUUUUUGUUUUUUUAUAAAGCAACAUAGACUUAUGGGUCUAUCUUUCUACUCAACUGGAGAAUGCAUAAAGGUAAUUCGAUGAACUGUGAGUGUAUUGACUCUUCAGUGUAAAUCUGCUUCCUUUUGAUUAGCAAUGGUUUAGCUGCUUAACCGUCUGCCUGAGAAUUCCCUUGGUUAUGUGGAAUUCUUUGUUCCUUUUCUGCCCACAUAGGGCCUGCAUUUUAUCUCUGAACCUAAAUCCCUGCCCCUCAACAGCUGCAUUGGGGACCAAGGAAAGGUUGUUCAGGAGGGAUUUGGGAAUUGCAGGAUGGAAGAAAGCAGGGAAAGGACUCUUUUUAUUCCUUUCCCCCCUUCUCUCCUCUGUAAAAAAAAAUUGAGAUGGAGUAGGGAGGAAGAAAGGAAGCAAAACAAUAUAAAAGUCCUUGCCCUGCCUCUUCCCCUCUGACAAAUUUUGCAGGUAUUAAAAACAUGCCAAUAGGUGAUUGCCCUCUAGCAGCUGUUUUCCAUCCAGUUUCAUCCUCACAAUGGUGCUCGUGAUAUGAAAAAGGUCCAUAGUUCAAACUCUCCUAUUUGGUAAAGAUGUUUCCCCUGGGUUAGUGGGCUUUAGGGUGAUUAGAUGUAAAGAAGAACAAUAAUCUUGUGACUUUAAUACCUGUUUUGUUAUCAUGGAGCUGCAGAUGUUAUUAAGGGUCUAGUGUCAUGCGGUCAAUUCACGGUGAAGCCUUCUGUAUUAAUGUUUUCACCCCAACAGACAAUUGUUGUUUGUCUGCAGCACUGGUGUGAACAUGAUUUUCUAACUAGUUGGUGCAGUGUGCUGGCAAGAGUGUGAAUCUGAAAGUUCCUGGUUUGAAUCUCUCCUCUGCCACAAACUUAUUAAGUGACCUAAGGCUAUAAAGGGGGAAAUAAUGAUACACCUUCCAGGGUUAUUGCAAGAAAUGCAACUAGAUGAAAUGUAAGUGAAAUGCUCUGAUUACUUGAAAGCAAGCUACAUAAGGGCUAAGUGGUAGUAUUACUAAAUUACUAAUGUCAUGGAACUGGAAUGUUGACUGAAAUGUUUUCCUGAAAGCUGUUCAGUAAAUCUUCAGCAUUGCAAAGGACCUUCCGGUUGUGUGAAGUCUGCAUGACUUAAUGCUGAUUCUAGACAAAGGCAGUCCCAUUGAAAUAAAAAUGUCAUAUACAGCACAAUUCUGUACAUGUCUACUUUGAAGUAAAUCCCAUUGAGUUCAAUGGGGCUUACUUCCAGGUAAGUGUGCAUAGGAAAGCAGUAGAAUUUUAUAACUGUUUAUUCAGAAAUAAUCCCCAUUGAGUUCAAUGGGAUUUACUCCCAGGUUAAUGUGUAUGGGGUUGCAACCUUAAUAUACUAUGAUGAGUCUAUAAGCAUUGCUGGAUAAGUUUAUUUUAAAGGGUUGGAAGUGUAAAUUAGUUUUCUCCAUUUUUAUUUUUCUAUCUUGUGCAGGUACAUACACAUUUACACAAAAGGCUAGGGUGAGGAGAAAAUGUAAAUGAUUAUAGAUUUAGUAAUAUGGAAUAAACUGUAAGAUGAAUGCAUCUUGCUUUACAUUGAAACAUCUGUAUGAUUUCAGUCAGUACACCCCAUUUAUUGCAACUCUGUCAACUUGGAACAGAAAGUUAAGUUGGGGUUCUGGGCAGCUUGCAUAUUUCUUCUGGCUGAAAGCAACAGGUUAUAUUGUCUUUUAUAAACUGCAGUUUCCCAGUAUGCCUUAGAAGUGUAGUAUGUUUGAUAUUUUAAUAUAUGAAGACCCCUGCAAAAUUUUUCAGGUUCUUUGCCAAGAA